CUCAAAGGUCAGGAGAGCUUUCUUUUCUUUUAAUUGGAAUUAGAGCCAGCGGGUAAAUUUGAAAUGUCUGGAGAUGAGAUUCUGCCUGGGCCAGAUCGAUAAUAUAUCUAUGGCUGUAUAAAGUUGCCACGCCACCGGCACCAUGGAGAGAUAUCAACCUGUCAAAGAUCUCCCCGAAGACAUACAGCGGCUGCCCCGUGAGGAGACAGUGUGUCAGUUCUGUGGAGUGAGUUAUCUAGUACAUCAUGAGAUCUCAAAGCUGGAGGGCAACAUACAACAACUGGAGAGUGAGAUCAAAAGGCUGAGGUAUAUAGAGAAGGACAGAGCUGGCUGGGAGGUUGAGAAAUCUAAACUGGUUGAGGAUAAAAACAAUGUUACGGUGGACAAGGUCAAAGUGGAGCAUGAAUUGAGGGAUAUGAAGGCGGAGCUGAGUGGAUUGCACGCUCAGUUAGAGCAGUUGAAGCUCCAGCAAGAGAAAGAGAAGGCAUUCUCCAUGUGUCACAAGAAUCAGAUCAGGCAUGACCUUACCAAGAUUCAAGCAGGGUUCUCGGCACUACCUCAUUUUAAGGUCGAGAUAAGCCAGCUCCUCACGAGUACAGCCAGGUCCUUGUCCCAGCUGGGGCAGGAGUGCUCUGAGGCAUGCUCCAUGCAAGCAACACAGGCUGAACAAGCUGUGAUGAGCUUAAGAUCAGAAAAUGAGUGUAUCAAGAGUAAGAUGAGAGAGCAGAAUGAAAAAUGGACGUUGACUGAGAGCAAUUUGAAACAGUUGCUCCGAGAGGAACAACACUCCACUCUCAAAUACGAGCAAGAGGUUCAAGAUCUCAUUGGAAAAACCAGGCAUAUGGAAACGGCACUUGUUGCUAGAGAUGAAGAUAUACAGAAAAUGCAGAGGAAACUUGAGCUGUUUUCAACUGAGGCUCGUGAAACCACUGUGGAAUUGACAGCUAGGUGUAAUGGAGCUGGCAGGAGAGUGAGGGAGUUAGAGACCCAGGUCAAUGUGUUGGAGUCUAGCAAAGCUGCAGUCCAAGCCACACUCGAGAAAACAUUGCACAAGUUAAAGUCACUGGAACAGACACGAAAGGAGUUACAGUCAUCAAUGACCAGCUGUCGAGAGGAGUUGUUGACUUGUGGCCAUAAGAAAAUGGAAGCUCUACAGUUGAAGCACUCCCAAGAGUUAGAGACAGUGAGAAGAGAACAUAGGUAUCAGUUUGAAAGUGCUCGCAAGGCAAUCAAGACUGAGCAUGAAAUGACUCUCAAGGAGACUGUUAAGACUCAAUUCUCAAAACAGCAAGAAAUGCGAGCAAAGCUAAUUGAGCUGACGUCAACAUUGACUGCUUGUGAACUGGAAAAGACUAGACUGGUCUCAUCUCUCCAAGAACAGCUACAGAAAGAGAAGGACAUAGGAGACAGGGAAAUGACAAAUCACUUGAACUCUGUCAAAGCGCUAGAAUUGUCUCUACUCCAAGAGAAACGUGACAGGAAAAGCCUGGAGGAGAGAGCAUCAGUUGAGACACACCAAGUGAGGAAGAAGUUGGAAUUGGCCGAGAAAAAGAGGGUGGCUCUCGAGGAGAAGCUCUCUGAGGCAUACCAAGAGAUUUCAGUGCUUCAAGCGAUAGUUGAAAAGGAAUGUGAGGAGAGAGAGAGACUAACAGAAGAGCUGUCAUUAGCCAAGGCUUCAUCAAAACGGAGCAAGAAAACGUAUUAGAUUAUACACAAAAACCUGAUUACAUUUUCCCAGGCAAAUAUACACGCCACUUAAUUUUUAUUUCAAUGAUCUACGUCUAUUCUCAUUUCUAAUCGUAUAUACACAACUUUUUAAUUAUAAAUGGAUCAUCCAUGUGAUAAUUAUACAUACGUACUGUACAUCAAUAUUGAGUCUGUAUAUAUAUUAUAUAGUACUAGUCCUUAUUUUGCAAGAGUACGUACUUGCGUAAAUUAUGAACUUGUAAAAUUGUUACUACUAGAAUAAACAUGCAAGCAUAUUAUGAUAUGAUAUUAUCCUAUG